UCGUUCUCUAGGACUAGGGUUUUGAACUUGCGAAUUCUCCUGCAAAACCCCUCUGUCUGUCACUCGUUCUCUACUAAAGUACUAAGUACUAACCAUGAGCAGAUCCGGGCAGCCACCAGAUCUCAAGAAGUACAUGGAUAAGAAACUUCAAAGAAUAAGUCGCUUGUGCAGCUCAGGUGGCAUACUUUUAUAGUUGAGUGGUUACUUUUGUGGAGCCUCUACAGUUAAGCUUAAUGCAAACCGGAUGAUUGUUGGAACUCUGCGUGGAUUUGACCAGUUCAUGAAUUUGGUGGUUGACAAUACUGUUGAGGUGAACGGCAAUGAGAGAAAUGAUAUAGGCAUGGUGGUGAUCAGAGGAAACAGUGUUGUCACAGUAGAAGCUCUUGAACCUGUUGCGAGAUCGCAGUGAUGUAUUGUUUACAUAUGAAUAUCAUUCGGGUCUACUACUAAUUCUUCUACUCUCUUAGAUAAUUUCUGCUAGUAUGAGAUGAAUGGAUUGCUGCCUUCCUAUCGGAGUUGGCAGCGGCCCACUUGAUAGUCAAAUGCGCCCAUAAGAUUUCCACAAUCAGUAGAUUGUUAUUCCGAGUGAGCUCUGUUAUUUGCUCUAACUGCUGGAUCAAAGUUGAUAUAAAUUUUGCCAUUAGGAUGAUAAAAAUCGUCUCCCCCGUUUCCAUUGAGGAGAUUUUCUUUA